CAGUCAUUCCUCUCUCAAUCCUCUUCUAGAAGCCAGCUUUCCUUCUUCUGACUCACUGCUGGGUUCACUGCUGGGUUCACUCUUGCCAGGGAUCUUUUUGUUUGGUUUCUUACCCUCUCACAGUCACAAUGGUUCACGCCGUUUUCUCCCCACCUGCGCUAUCGUCGCGGACCUCGGCCUCGCGGCCAGCAUACGCCACACAUGGAGAAUUUGGAACAAUUCCCAUAUCGUCCACUUCUCAUCCAGAUAAUCCAGUCCCUGAAGAACCUCGGGAUCGUUCGUUGUCGGUCACUAGUAUGACCUUCACUGGAUCUCAAGAGACCGAAAAUACAGAUUCCGAGUCCCCAUCUACCCCACCAACAGAGCACUCCGAUCUGGAAGACUCUUCGCGCAAAGGGUCGUCGACUGAAAAUGGAACCGGACAUCGACGACGGGCCUCGACUGUUCUCAUCACACAGGGUCCUGAGGAUAUGAGGCGUGUUCUGGAGAAUGUGGGAGCAGGCGGAACACAGAAACUACAGCCCAUGUGCUGUGGCGGUGGAUGCUGUCGUAGCCAGCCCUUGAACCGAAUCUCUGGACCAGUUUCAGUGACCAACCCUGUCACGCCUCCCGACAACCAAGCCUACAACAGCUUGAAGCUGAAUGUCGAACUUCUCGGGUUGGAAAGCGAACUUACUAGUAUUGUUGCCCUCCCAGAGAAGACUGUGUCUUUCGCAGGCAUCCCAGCGUCGGCUGUGGAUAUGGAACUGGGUCCCUCAGGUCAUCCGCCACCGUUUGUUCAACCCCACCCUCCAUACAACGUCUAUCGCGCGCCGUUAUACCAUGCCCGAGAACUCACCAAGCCUGGGGCAGAGAAGAGAACGUACCACUUUGACAUCGAUGUAACCGACUACCCCGCAGAAAGUGGAAACGUUGACUUCAUUGUGGGUGGUGCCAUUGGUGUAUGCCCUAUGAACAAGGGAGAAGAGGUCGAGGAUAUUUUUAACCGACUCUGUAUCCCUAAAUCAAUUCGCGACAAGAAAGUCACUGUGUGCACCACCCAAGGCAGGUGGCCCACGAUCUGGGGUGACGACCAACCUAGGGAGUUGAUCACGACCCGCAGAGAGCUCUUGACCUGGUGCUCUGAUAUCCAGAGUUAUGCCCCCACAAAGGGUCUAUUUCGAUUGCUUGCUGAGUACUCCAGCAACCAAGAUGAGAAAAAGAUCCUGAUGUUCUUGUCGUCCGCGCAAGGUCAGGGUGCCUUCUGCGAUCUUCGCACUAGCUCGCAUAUCACCGUCUCCCAGUUACUCCACGCCUUCCCCUCUUCUCAACCUCCUCUGGAUCACCUUCUUUCCGUCCUCAACACCCUAAUGCCUCGCUUCUAUUCUUUGUCGCAGGACCCCCUCAUCUCCUGCAAGCGAAAGGGUACCCAAUCCCGCCGUCUGGUUGAAAUCGCAGUGUCCGUUGCAGAAUCCGACGCCUGGAACGGUGGCCUGCGAACUGGGGUAGGAUCCGGAUUCCUUGAACGCCAAGCAAGGCGCCUCAUCCAAGCCGAAAAGCAAGGCAUCGACCCUGCAACUCUCGACAUUCACAUCCCCAUGUUCCGCGGCUUGAUGGCCAACCCCUUGGCCAAGAGAUUUGUUUCUGACGGCCCUAUGCUUCUUAUCGGGGCUGGCGUUGGCAUCGCUCCGUUCCGCGGAUUUGUCCAGCGACGUCUUCAGUCUGCCAACUGUGCGAAUAAGGUUUGGGUGUUGCAGGGUGUUCGCGACUCACUGCUCGAUGAGCUCUAUCGUGGUGAGUGGGGUGUGGAUGAGGACAAGGUCCGCACGGUGGUCCAAAGUCGUCGUGGGGAGAGCAAGUAUGUACAGGAGGAGGUCCGCAACCAAGCGGAUCUGGUGUGGUUCGUGAUCAACGCUUUGGACGGACGUGUGUUCGUCUGCGGAAGCGGCAAGGGAAUGGGCGAGGGGGUUGAACAGGCACUGGUUGAGGUUGCUAUGGCCAAGGGUAAUCUGAACCAAGAAGAGGCCAAGUUGUUCUGGGAUAACAAAAAGGAGGCGGGGCAAUAUAUUGCAGAAACAUGGUAAAAUGUUUGGGAGACGAAGGCUUGCAGUGUAAGAGGAAUUACCUGACAUCUGACUGGUCGGAGCCAAGUACUGUACAUAUC